AUGUCUUCUGCUGCACCUAACGCCGCCGCCGCGUCGGCUCCUCCCAACGCCGCCGUCGUGCCGGCCUCUGCUGUCGCCCCGUCGUCGCCCUUCCUCGCCUCUCGCCCGCUCGCUACAACCUGGUGGCAGGCUCAGCCGCAUGGCGGCAUCCCCGCGGGUUCUCUGGCCGGGUCGGGCGGGCAGGGCGAUCUGCCCCCGCCGAUCUCAUCCGGUUGCACUGCUCCCUCGACCGUUGCUUCUGCGCCGCCGUCCUUCCGCGGCCAUACGCCCGUGUAUGGGGCGGUUCCCCCCCAACCCUACGGCGCCUCGUGGUACGGCGCCCCUGCACCAACCUACGGUGCCGUGACACCGCCGCCCCCUGCCUGGCCGGCGCCCCUCUACGGGCCGCCGCCUGCGUCACCCUACGUGGCCCAGCCACACCCGCACCCCUACGCAGCGGCCUACGGCGCUACAUCGCCGUGUCCUCGGGGGCCCCGAUCGGGUCGGCCGAUGCCCUAG